AGCACUUUGUCUUUUUUGCUUCUUUUUAUCUUUUCAUUUGUCGUGAAAUUUCUGUAAUUAUUAUUAUUUUCUAAAUUUACGCGCAAACACACAUAAAUACAUAAAAAUGGUUUUCAACGCGAUUCGCAAGGCUACGUUUGACCAGCCGUUUGCCGUUUGGGGCCUGGCACUUGGAUUCACAGGACCGCUGCUGAUGCUGACUGUGCCUCCUCUUCGGCAGAAGCUGGGAUACCAGGCGCCAACGCUGUCCCUGAGAACUAUCCUUUGCCGAACCGUGCUAGACGCGCCACCUCGGGCUUUGAGGACUAAGUGGAUGGUACGCGAAAACAGUGCGGUCUGGUUUUUUUGGUAACCAGAGGCUGUGCGUGAGAACGAAUCGUACUAUUUUAUUACAAUCGAAUUUUUCUUCUGCUUUCCUUUAGUCAGUACAUUUUC